UUCGUUNUUUGUAGCCUUUAGGUCUUUAAUCUUAUUGUUCUAGUUGUAUUCUUUGGUUUUUCUUUUCGAGUUCGUUCGGUUUGUGGUGGAUCUCGAUCAGGCUUUGUUAGCAAUGGAUUACCGCAAGAGAGGGAAGCCCGAAGUUGGUUUAAAUGCCAAUGGCGGCUUCAAAAAGUCCAAGCAAGAAAUGGAGUACUUAUCAACUGGUGUAGCAAGCAAAUCAAAGCCAUGCACCAAAUUUUACAGCACUACGGGCUGCCAAUUUGGUGAAGGAUGCCAUUUCCUGCAUUAUGUUCCUGGCGGUUACAAUGCUGUCGCGCAAAUGAUGAACCUAGAACCUGCUCCUCCAGCACCUAGAAGUAUAGCAGCGCCCCAUCCAAUGUCCAAUGGCUCAACCACACAGGAUGUUAAAACUCGUAUGUGCAACAAGUAUAACUCUGCUGAAGGCUGCAAAUUUGGUGACAAGUGUCAUUUUGCUCACGGAGAAUGGGAACUUGGAAGGCCUUCAGCUCCAUCUCACGAAGAUCCUCGGGCCACAGGAUACUUUCCAAGCCGUUUACCUAGUAGGAUGAGCGCAGCUCCAGCAGGCCCCGCAGCCAGCUUUGGUGCCUCAGCCACGGCAAAGAUCAGUGUUGAUGCUUCCCUUGCUGGAGCCAUUAUAGGGAAGGGUGGUGUUAAUUCCAAACAGAUUUGUCGUCAAACAGGCGCCAAACUUUCGAUCAGGGACCAUGAAUCAGAUCCCAACCUCAGAAACAUUGAACUUGAGGGGACAUUUGAUCAGAUUAAGGAAGCAAGUGCAAUGGUGAGGGAGCUAAUCGCGACGGUUUCAAUGGCAGGCCCUCCAAAAGCAGCUACCAGAGCAACAGGCGGCCCGGCUGCUCCGGCAGGUAGCAAUUAUAAGACAAAACUUUGUGAUAAUUUUGGGAAAGGGUCUUGCACAUUUGGAGAGAGAUGCCACUUUGCCCAUGGUUCUGCCGAGCUGCGCAAAUCUGGUGCGUGAAGAAAUCCAUUUUUCUUGUAUUAUUAGAUUAGAAAGAUGGAGUUGUGUGUCUCUGUUCUUGAAUUAUGUAUCAAGAGGGCAAUGCAACCGAGUGGAAAUUGACAGUUUUUAUGGUUUAGAGAAGUCGACUACAUUUUUGUUGGUCCCA